AAGCAACCUCACAUCUCGAAGCGUCAGAAGCUUUCAAAACCACACAGAAUUGUAAUUUAGGACUAGCAUGGCCUGAAUUCUGCCAUCAGCAUCGACUGCAACAGCCGCUGCCCUCCCAUAAACCCUUCCAUUGCACCCGCAUCAUCGCAGACAACGAUUCCAGCUCGGUACAUGCGGUACAGCGCCCCUCGGAUCCGUACUUGGCAAAUCCAGAUCGCCUCUCAGCCAUGAUCCACCUCAGGAAUAGUCGUCGGAAUGUCCUUCAAGACAGAAUUCAAUUCGUCGAUCGUCCUUUUGUCCAAGCGGGAGCCCGGAUAUCGCAUGAAAAUGCAUUCCAGGACUGUUGUCGAAGUGUUGUCUUCCCGAUGGUUAGUCGCAGAGGCGGCCCAGUGAAAACAUGGUGGCGAAACGUCGACGUGUAAUGAUCUCAGGGUAUGUGGGAACUGGGUUGAUUAAUAGCUGCUGCGACAUGUGGAUGGCUUGGAUCGCGAAGCAGUAGAUUGUUGCUGAAUCCGAAAUCUGUGGCGGAAACCCGGACUCGUGAUGUUGGUACUCCCACCAUCGGCAAAGCCGUCUCCUGAUGCCUUCUGAUGACUAUUAUGACGCCGAUGGCCGACCUCCCCUCGUCUUCUUAUACACGGCUUGAGCUGUCUUGCCGCACGAAGGCGUUCCCAACCCCUCGAACAUGCCUCUGUAUGUCCUUUACUAUCACGCGGGCUCCCUCAGCUUCGAGCAAAAGCAGACGAUCGCCAAAGAAGUCACAGAUGCGCACUGCGCUGUGACUGGUGCCGGCCCCUACUUCGUCAAAGUAGCUUUUCAAGCAUGCGAGCGCGGAGAUUUCUACACAGCUGGAGAUAUUGACCAGAAACACGUUCGCUUUGUUGGAUAUGUUCGACGUGGGCGCAACCCUGCGCGGAUGCAAGAGCUCUUGCAGCGAUUGUAUAGAAGUGUGAGAGUAGGACAACCGGACGAAACGGUCGAUAUCGAGAUGCAUGUCCAAGAGGCCGAUGCAGACGUGUGGACGUUGAAUGGAGUUAACUUGCCUCAGCCGGGAAGUGAUGAAGAGCAGAGAUGGAAUACUGCUUGUGGUGUUCCUAAACAAUGAGUUUCCGAGGGCCGGCCGGCUACAUAGAAGCUGAGCUUCCUUGCCACAUAGAUACCCCGAAAAAACAUACCGAAUUGAAUGCACCCAUCCUACCGCCUC